CUCUCCCUCUCAUCACUGCUGCACUAUCUCUGUGCCUUAGUCUCUGACCUUCUACAGGAACCAUGCAAGCUUUUGUUUCCAGGUCGUAUCUGGCUCCUGUGAAGGAUGAAGAAGCAGAAUCGCAGAGAAAAGCAAAGUCCCGCCAUGCCAGGCAAACUCGCAGGUCAACACAGGGUGUGACUCUCACAGACCUGAAAGAGGCUCAGAUGAGCUACAGCCUGUCUCAUCAAGACAGAGAGAAAGAAGAAGAAAGCACUCAAGGAAACAGGCUGUGUCUGAGAAGAGGCUUUGCAGAUGACACAGGAGAUCAGACUGGCCUGACUGAGUCUAAAGAAACGUCUGAGUUUACUCUGAAGUGGACCCAAAUAGACAAGGAGGGAAACAUUGAGAAUUCUGUUGCAGAAUCUCCAAACCUGCCAAAUCUGUCUGCAUCUGGAUACCAGGGUCAAAGCAAUAGCUUCUUCAGAGUUGGUGAAACAACGUGGAGAGAUGAAAACCAGAAUCCAGUUGAAGACGCAGCACAGCUCACAUUUUCUACGGAGCUCCAGCAAAGACACCUCUGCUAUGAUGCUGAGGGCACAGAGUCUAAUAAAGCAGCCUUUAUUGGAGAGGAGAUAGGCAAGAAAGUGGAAAAUGAGAGAGGGGAAAAACACGUGGCAAAGGUCAUCAGGCCGUGA